GGGCAGAGGGCACGACGGGGCUGGUCCCCCGGCUCAGAUCCUGGCCACCACCCAAGAGCCCGCAGGUGCCCCUCAGCGACCCAGCACCCGCUCCGGCCCGCACUGCACAGGUGCCCGUGCGGACUGGACGUGGGCCCGUCGGCGGCGCGGGCGUGAUGUCGGCCCAGGAGCUCGUGGCCUGCCUCUGCCGCGAGGGCGACCAGCACCUGGCCCUGGGGGAGCCGCCGCUGGCCACCGCCUUCUACCUGGCUGCCUUCAGCUGCCACGCCCCCUCCGCGGUGCGCAGCGUCCGAGCCGCCCUGGCCGACGCUCGGGGGGCGCCCGUGGUGGCCACCCUGGAGGCCUGGUGCCGAGGGGACAGCCAGAUCCCAGCCAUCCACUGGGACGGCAUGGCCGUGGUGUCCCUGACGGGGACCCUGGCCUCCGCCUUCCUGGCCACCCUGUGCCCGGACCACCCGGCCGCCGUCCUGCACUCCCUGGCCGGGCUGCUGGCCCACGGGCGCCACGGGGAGGUGGUGCGGCGGUGCGGCGCCCUGCUGGACACGCACUCCCAGCAGGCCCUGGAGCUGCGGCUGACCCGCGCCCUGGCCUGGGUCCUGUCCGGGGAGCAGGUGGACACCGGGCUGGCCGACUACCUUCAGGCCUUCGCCUCAAGGCCCGAGCGCACGGUGGCUUUCGUCCUGGCCCACCAGCAGCCCUACCUCCCCGCGCUGGUCAGCGCCCUGCAGGGCCACAUCUCAAGGAGCUGGCGGGCCGGGGGCAGCGCCUGGCAGCAGGACUCCAACUGCCAGAGGCUCCUAGCGGCCCUGGACCCCGGGGGCUGCUGGGGCAGCGCCCAGUCCCCCGAAGCUCUGCUCCGCAGCGGCCGGUAUGAAGACUGCCGGGCGGCGUGCAGCCGGGCCCUCGAGUCCGACCCGACCGGCGGUGGACCCCAAGGUGAGCGCCUGGCUGCCCUGCUGGUCACCCGCGCCGCCGCAGCCUUCUUCCUGGACAGCGGGGCCCAGGACCUGCUGCGGGACCUGCACGAGGCCUUCCGCGAGAGCCCGUCGGGGGCGCGGAGGCAGUUCGAGGCCGUGCUCUCCGCAGAGGACCGGGAGCGCGUGAGGGCCCAGGCGCAGGAAGUGGCGGAUGUGGGGUUUGCCCGCUUCCAGGAGGCGGUGCGGAGCCGCCCGGAGCUCCGCGAGGACUCGGACCGCGAGCUGCUGGCCCCGGUGACCCGCGCUCUCCGUGUGCUGCUGCGCGUGGCGCCGCCCGGGGCGCGCCCGGCACUGGGAGCCCGCCUGGCCGAGUGCCUGCUGCUGGCCGGGGAUGCGGCGGGCGCCCGGGCGCUGUGCGAGCGCCUGCUGCGGCCCACGCGCCCCAAAGAUCGUGCCAGCGAACGCGCCGGGGACCGCGCGCCUCUGCUGGCGCUUCGAGGCUUCUGCGCGCUACACACCGGCGACGCGCGGUGCGCCCGGGAGGACUUCCAGGAGGUGGUGGAGCAAGGGCCGCCGCACCCGGGCGGCUGUGUGCGUGCACUGUGCGGCCGCGGGCUGCUGCGCGUGCUGGCGGGCAGCGCGUUCCUGGGCGCGCUGGACUACGUCACCGCCUGCCGCUUGCGGCCUGACGAGGCCCUGCUCAUCGCCAAGGCCUACGUGCCCUGGAACCAGCGGGGGCUGCUGCUGACCGUGCUGCGGGAAGAGGGCCGCAGGAUGCUGCAGCGGAGGCCCGGCCCGGGGCCCGCGGGCGCGCAGGGCCGCCGGAGGCGGGCGGCGGAGGUGGACAGCCCGGCGGCGGCGGCGCCAGAAGGGAACGCCCAGGGCGUGCACCAGCUGGCCGUGCUCCUGAUGGAGCUGGACGCAGAGGACGAGGCCUCGCACCUCCUGGCGGCCGACGCCCUGUACCGCCUGGGCCGCCUGGACGACGCCCACAAGGCGCUGCUGGUGGCCCUGUCCCGGAGGCCCCAGGCGGCCCCCGUGCUGGCGCGGCUGGCCCUGCUGCAGCUGCGGAGGGGCUUCUCCUACGAUGCCAACCAGCUGGUGAAGAAGGUCGUCCAGUCCGGGGACACGACCUGUCUCCAGCCCACCCUGGACGUCUUCCGCCCGGAGGACCGGCAGCUGCUGCGGGGCCACUGCCACGCUCGGGCCCUGGCCCUCCUGCGGGCGCGGCCAGGCGGGGCCGAGGGCGAGGCUCACACCCGGGAGGCCAUCGCCUACCUCUCCCUGGCCAUCUUUGCUGCAGGGGGCCAGGCCAGCGAGUCCCUGCUCGCCCGCGCCCGGUGCUACGGGUUCCUGGGCCAGAGGAAGACCGCCAUGUUCGACCUCGACUCCCUGCUGCGGGCCGAGCCCGGGAACGUGCGGGCCCGGUGCGGCCGGGCGCUCCUGCAUCUGGCCCUGGACCGGCGGCAGGAGGCUGUGGACGACGCCCUCUUGGCCCUGCAGCUGGACGCGAGCACGGCGGUCCCUGAGAUCCGCUCUCUGAAGCCAGAGGCCCAGGCCCUCAUCGCCCAGGGCCUGUCGUCCCGCUGCCGGGACCUCCUGAGCCAGCGGCUGGACGCCGGGGCCCCCGUCGGUGACAGCGACGCCCAGGGCCUCCUCACCGUGGGGGAGGCCCUGAUCCGAAUUGAGGCGGGGCAGCUGAGGGGGCGCCUCCUGCUGGUGGACGUGCUCGCCGCGAUGGGCCGCUACGAGGAGGCUGGCACCCGCCUACAAGAAGCCCCACACCCGACCCCGCCGUCGGAGGCUGCCCGGGCCCGGCGCGGCCUGCUCCGGCUCAAGAAGGGAGACACACCAGCUGCUUCCCGGGACCUGCAGUGCCUGGCGGAGACGGACGCUGGGGACCUCGGCUUCCUGCUGCGUCUCCUGGAGGCCUCGGAGCGGCAGGGCCUGGCCCAGGCCGCAGUCCAGGAAGCCCGCAGCCUCCUGACCGCAGGGCAGCCCAGGCAGGCACUGGGCUACUGCUCGCUGGCCGUCCUGGCCGGUGGUGGCAGUGCCUGUCACCUGCGCCUGCGGGCCACCUGCCUGGCGGAGCUGCAGGAGUUCGGCCGGGCACUCGGAGACCUGGACCUUGUGCUCCGGGAGGACGCAGGGGGUGGUGACCUCCCGAUGAGGGCCGAGGACUUGUGCUCCAGGGGCCGCCUGCUGCUAAGCCUGGGGGACGAGGCUGGGGCCGCCAGGGCCUUCACCCAGGCCCUCCAGCUGGCGCCCACCCCGGCCCAAAACAGCCUGUGGGCGCAGCCGGGCCGGGCCUCCGCUGCCCAGGCAUUGCUGCGCCAGGGGCAGCGCUGCCUGCAGGGCCAGCGGUACGCCGAGGCCUGGGCGGCGGCUGAGGGUGGGCUCCUGCUCGACCCCGAGCACGGCGGCCUGAAGCGGCUGAAGGCCAGGGUCCGCAGGGAGGCGGCCUCGGGCUGCCGGCUCCACUGACCCCACGCUCGCCAGGCCCAGUCACAGGGCCCCCUGUCACUGUCCCCCAAACCAGGGGGUGGUCACCCCGCCCUCCCACCCUCCGAGCCCCGGGGUGGGUGGCUCCGCGGUGGACCGCCAGCCCCGGGAAGCAGAGCGAAGGGAGUCCCACUGGCCUGGAGUGACCAGCCGGGGGGGCCCAGGAGCCCUCGCUGCAGCGGCGUCCUGGUCCCCAAAGCUGGGUCCUCGUGGCCCUGGCGUGGGGCCAGCAGGCUGGACAGGACUGAGGUCAGCCCCAGGUGGCCCUGGGGAGAGGGGACAUGAAGCUGUCUUUGAUCCUGGCCUAAGCCUCAGGCGGGCCCCCCAAGGACAGAACUCCCCAGCUGGGGCCUGCCUGCUGAGACCCCCGCCUGGAUGAAGCCGUUCUCCUGGGGAGCCCAGGGCCCAAACCCACCACUGCGGCCAUGGGGACCAUGUGGCCCCGCCCCCUGCCAAGCAGAGAGAGAGAGACCACCCCAUUAAUGAGCAGAAAGGCUGGGCUUCUCCUUGGCUCUUCGGGCAAAGCUGUGGGGGUGUAAAGGGCGCACACACACACACACACACACACCCACCCUGUGGAUUAAACUUGCCCUCAGUUUGCUUGGAAACUCUCUCGGGCUGGGGGCGGCCGCGGUGGGGGCAGCGAGGAGUGCAGUCCUGCCCGUGGCCGCCGGGUUGCCCCCCAGAGGCCAGGGCCCAGUCACAGGGUUUCUCUCAGGUUCGUGAAUGAGCUGUGCUGGACGGGCCACUGAAACCCUGGACCUGCGGCCCUUCUGGCAGUGGCUCCUGUGGAUGAGUCCGCUCUAAGGCCAUGAGGUGGGGGCUGGCCCAGGGGUCAAGGUCGGAGGAGAAGGCCCAGCCUCCAAGCUUGGGGAAGAUAGACCUAGUCCAGUGGCGUCAUCGCCUGCGUGCAUUUGCACCUGCUGUCCCCCCACCCACCUCAGGGCUCCCUGCCCCCACCUCGCCACUCAGGGAGGGCCACAUCAGAGCCGCCCUGCCCGGCCCCCUCACCCCAGGGGCGCCUCCCGACAAGGGGCAGCACUGCCCGUCACUGCUCUGUUACACCUGUGUCACCAUUCUCCGUCAGCCUGGGCCUGGCCUGGCCUUGCCGUCUUCCCUGAAAACAGGUAGCCAGGCCUGAGGACGGGGGGGCAGGCAGGCCUCACUUUCCCGUACCCCCUCCCUGCUGGGAGGGUUCCGAGACCACCCACACUGCAGUGACCCCCACACUCCACCGCCACCACAUCCUGGAACACAGCCUGCAGGAGUGUCCCCAGGGCUGCCCCGGCCCGAGUCCCAGGACCUGGUGCUCCGCAGACUCUUGCCCGUGCUCCUGGGCAGACCCACCCCCUCCUCCCUGACCAUCUGGAGGCCGGCACGACCCAGGUCUGGAAGUGUCCUGCUGGAGGGCAGCCCUCCCCUCAAAGACUGGCAACCUGACCUCAGCUCUGCCCCCACUGCUGGGCACCAGCCUGCUCGCAGGUGCCCUGCCCCUGGCUCGGGGCAGGGGUGCGGGGGCAGAAGCCAGGAAGAUGGUGCCGACCGCUUCCCAACAAGCUCACCAGCCCAGUGGUGCCGUGUGGCAGUCCCCAAAAGGCUUUCACGCAUUUCCUGCUUUCUUCUCCCCAAAGUAGCCUCGUUCCACUUGGGAAGUGGGGGCUGGAAAGGUCCAGCAAUUAGUGCACGGUCACAGUCAACUCGGGGGGUGACUGGGAGCCACACCCCAGUGUGGGGCGGUUCCUCAGCAGACGACAGCCUGGGGACCCUGCAGGGGAGCCCACCCCCCGGCUCCCUGAGCAGGGCCUGUGCUGCCUCGAGGCCCAGCCUGCCUCAGGGCGCUCCCCCCCAACCCACUGCAGGUGGAGGCCGCGGCCGACCACGGCCCCAGCCCCACGCCGGGCACUCAGUGGGCAUAGCCCGGCCGGCCCCGCUCGGGGGGCGGAGCAGAAUGCUGGGGCGGGGCGGGAGGAUGUAUCACCAGCCUCCAGGCAGUGAGGGGCUGUUUCCCCACCCCCAAACACGAAACAACUCUUGGAUUCAAGAGGAAUCAAACCUGGCACUGCAGUUUCGGAAACACAAUCGUGACAAAAACUGUCUGGGGGUGCAACGCCCAGGGCACAGCCUCGGCCCCGGCGCGGGCUCCGGCCAAGGACGCACACGACGCAGCAGCCCAGGCCAAUGCGGUGAUGUGCGUGCCCGGCCUGAGGAGUAAGGAAAAGACGGAAAACGAAGGAAAUCCAAAGGCGGGAAUUAGUAAGAACGGCAGAAGUCAGUACAUGGGAGCAGGAGAAUGGAGGAGCUAAUAAAUCAGUCCAAAAUGCGGGCGUUCGAAAGUGCCGUCAAACAGACGAGCCGGCGGCGAGCGGAAGCACCCUGGCCGCUGCCGCUCGGCCGGUGGGUGACGGCCCGUGGAGCAAAGCAACCCGGGUCAGUUCCCAGCCAGGGCACGCGCCCGGGUUGUGGGCCAGGUCCCUGAUCGGGGAGCGUAGGAGAGGCAGCCGACCGAGGUUUCCCUCCCUCCCCCUUCCCUAAAGAAUAAAUCUGUUUUUUUUUAAGGCGGGGAAAAGCACAAGCACACUGUUGUGAGGUCCUGACCCGCUGACAGGGGCGGUCCCCGCCAGGAGGGCCCGGGACGCUCUUCUGGGCCUGUGCCACCUCCUGAGCACCGCAGACGCGUCCCCACGUGGGACAAGGGUCGCGGCU